AUGGACUUAGACUAUGAAGCUGAGACACUGGUCGCCAACCCCAACCCAGAUUUUGACCCGCGAGAUGAAUUGGCAGGCAUAAAAGCUGUUGCUCGAACAUUGCAAGCGCCUCCGAAGAAGCCAGAGAUCGUCUCGUCAGAGAGGGAUAUACUUUCACUUCUGAGACACCGUGAGAUGCAUGGUAGAGCCCCCGUUAAGGUGGCCCGUGGUGAACCAUCGCUCAAGGCUUCCAUCUAUGCCAAGUUGGAGGAUUCCUUUGUACGACAGAGUGAGUGGACGGACUCAUCUGGAGAUAUUCAGAGCAUCCGCUGGAUUAAUGAAGAUGCUUUCCUUUGUGGAGCUACCGCCCACCUCGAUUCGCACAAUAUGGAAUACAACAAACCUGGCAACUUGCUACUCGGAUCUACAACCCAUGAUACGGUCAGGUCUUUUGCAGACCAUCGUGUGCCCAGACCCAGAUCGGAUAAGGCCAAUGCUGAUUCGAUGCGACAGACUCAGGAUCCCUGGCUAUACUCUUCCGUUGUUUCUACAGCCCAUUGUAAAAAGAAUGGGUUUAGCUUCACUGCUAGCUUCGACGAGACAGUCAAAAUCUGGUCCAUACACCAAGACGGUUCUUCUAUGGACCUGGCCGGCACAUGGCAACAUGGAGGAAAAGUAAACUUCGUUGUGACUUCAGAUCAUCACGAGAGAGUUGCUACUGCUUCGGGUGUCAACAGCAACGCCGUGCGAGUCUACAACUUCGAUGAAAAGUCCAUCUCCGAGUCCUCCUAUGAAUUUUAUGGCGGCAACAAAGCCCUUUUGCAAACUGAAGAUGAUCAAGCGACAAAACCAUGGUCUUACCAACCAGCAACCAUUCAAUGGGGAAAAGCUCCUCAAGUCGCGAAUCUACUACUCGUUGGAUACUCCCCUCGGAGCGAUACAGGCGACGAUGCUGAUAUUCCAGACGAAAAGAAAAAUACUGGAGAGCUCUGCGUUUGGAAUACUGGGAAUGAGGAGGUAGUACCCAUAACUUCAUCACACACGCAGAAUGUCUUCGAAGUUCAGUGGCAUCCAACACAGCCAAUAUUUGUGGCAGCCACAUCACCUUCCGGAACUUUCGAUAGUGACAAGACCAAGACCCAGAUUCGGCUGUUUGCUCUCAAUGACCAGGAGAUUUUCAUGAACACUCAGGCAUUGGACUGUUCAGCACUGGAUAUCAAUGAAUUGACCAUCAUGCCGAAUAGCGAGCUUCAUUGCUACGUAACUGCAAGCUGUACCGACGGAAAUACCUAUGUCUACGACACAGCACGAGGCGACCAAGCCAUCCACAUUCUUGAGCAUGGAGAAUCUUUAGACCCUCUAGACCCUGAUCUCCCUCGCGAAAUCGGCGAUGUGGGCGUCCAAUUCGCAGCCUGGGGACAAACUACAAACAGAUUUUACACCGGAUCGUCAGAUGGGAAGGUGAAAGCUUGGAAUCUCAAGCAUCCUCCUGGAAAGGCUUUCGUUCGAAACGUUCUUUCUCUCGCAGGGGCAAUAAUCAGUGGAGCAUUUUCGAAAGAUUUCUCAAAACUUCUUAUUGGCGACGCCACUGGAAAAAUCCAUCUAUUGAGCAUCAACGACAACGACCUUGAAGAAGGCCCGAUAGCAACUAUCAAGAGUAACUCUUCCCGAGAAGGUACCUCGAGCACAGCGGAGAAAGGCAGCGUUGCAGAAAUCAAACUUCAACAAUUGCUUCAACAAAAGAACGGCAUACUCUUGAAAAACAUCAAACGUCCAAAGGUUAUCCUCCCACAUAAGGAGCCCCCUCCCCCGGAAGGUUACGAGAUCAAUCAAAGAGAGAACGAAACUUCUGCACAUAUUGCACAACAUUAUUUGAGUGAAGGCUGGCUAGAACAACGUGUUGGUCUAGGUGUAUACCAGGGAGCCAACUAUGCUGAGACCGGGUGGUAUGACCGAACUGCACAUGAAGAUGGCAAUCCACACGGCCCUUUAUUACCUCAAUUUCGUGAGGAGCAGCAAUUCAUUAUGCACCAGAAGAACGAUGAGGGGUUUGACCUGCUUCCACGCGUCAGAAGCUCUGACCCCAAGCAACAUGAAGAGAACAUGAAUCUUGAUCUCAAUUUUGCAAGCCUGACUCUCGACACCCAACAGGCCUUGAGAGAAGAACGAGUUGAAAUUGAAGGAGACUUCUCCCACACAUAUAGCUACGAGUUCCUUCCGAAGCCCUCCAUUUGGAGUGGCAAGAAGAACACGAGAAGCGGAUCAUCGAGAGAUGAAACUCAGAAGCGAAGCAUUGGGGAUGCGGACGAGAUGAUGGAAUGA